AUGGCCACACCAAUAACAAUUCAAAAACUCAUGCUUCUGCUCAAAAUAUGCCUAGUCCUUUUCAGCGUGACAACAAUAGCCACAAAGGAUGCAUCGAGUGAAACUGUGGGACCCAUAUUCAUAUUGGGGGAUUCAAUAGUAGAUGUUGGCACAAACAACUACCUCAAAAACUGCAAAGCACAAGUCAAUCGCCCAUAUUACGGGGUCGAUUAUCCAGGGUCAAUAGCAACCGGAAGGUUCAGCAAUGGCUUCAACCCUGCCGAUACUAUCGUGCAACUUUUGGGUGGCUACAAAGAAAGUCCACCGCCAUUUCUUGCACUCCUUGCACAUAGUUCCAACCUUACGGGCGACUUACUUCAGGGGGUGAACUUUGCUUCCGGAGGUGCAGCUAUUAUUACAGGAAUUGGGACAGAUCUUGUGGGGAAUGUGAUAUUUAUGGAUGAGCAAAUUCAACAAUUUGCAACGGUUCAAGGAAACAUAACCACAUUACUAGGCGAGUCAAAAGGUCAACUUCUGAUUCAAAAUUCAAUGUACAUCAUUUGUGUUGGAAGCAACGACAUCAUGAACUACGUAUUAUAUCAUCCUACAACUCCCGAGGUUUUCAUCGCCAACAUUACAGCCACCUUCGCCAUUCAACUAGAGAACUUAUAUAAGCUAGGAGCAAGAAAGUUUGGAAUAAUGGGUGUUCCACCAGUUGGAUGUUGUCCAGUUUCCCGUGCAUAUACCGGUAGUGGUGAUUGUGGACCGAUAUCUAACGGUUUGUCUGCAAUGUUCUACACAGCAUUAGAAUCCCUUUUGAAAAAAUUGAGCUUUACACUCGAAGGAUUCAAGUACUCACUUGGGAACUCAUACAAUAUGACUAUGAGUGUCAUUGAAAACCCCCCACCUGAGUUUAAAGAUGUUAAAACAGCAUGUUGUGGGAAUCACUCAAUAGAUGGAAUAAAAGACUGCAAGGAAGGAGGGUAUCUUUGCCGAAAUAGGGAUAAUCACUUGUUCUGGGAUGCAUUUCAUCCUUCUCAGGCAGCCUCCAAACUGUCAGCUCAAGAGUUGGUUUUUGGUGAAGAUCCGAAUUUUGUGACUCCAAUCAAUUUUAGCACUUUGAGAAAGGCUUGA